AUGCCAGAGGAUGAUUUUGAUAAAUCAUUUUCAAACUUAAUCUCAAAAUUAGGUCAUCCCGUUGAAGAAAUUCGACUACGUGCACUAGAAAGUCUUCAAGCUAAACUUGAUUUAAAAAUCAUUGCUGAUGUCGACAUACUUCAAUAUAAAUAUUUAUAUAUUAAAUUACUUGAAUGGUUCAAUUUUCCGUCGCCACCAAAACGAGAGGUUGUUCUCGAUAUAAUUUUAAAACUUUCUAAAAAUGAAUCAGCAGCAUAUAAUCUUCAUUCAGUUGGUGCUGUUGAUUUUUUUAAUUCACUCCGAGUUGAUUUAACACCUGAACUCGAGCGUCGUGUUGAUCAAAUUCUUGAAAAUAUUCUUGCACAACAUUCUAUUACACAAUCAUCAUCAUCAUCAAAUCUUAGUCGAUCGAACUCAACAUCAUGCCAACUUGUUCGAUCACAUAUUCAAGCAGAAUCCAGAAAUUCAACAAUAUUACAAUCACCUAUAUUUAAUUUCAGUCAACAUCAACCUGAACUAUCAUUUCAUAGACAUGAAUUCACUUCAACUGGAUCUCAAAAUGUAUCAAAUCAAUCAGGAAUGAAGGGAAUACUAAAAACGACGGCCCCACCAUCGAUUUGUAAUCUAUUGUCAACAUUUGAUGAAAGUCAAAAUGGAACAACGUGCCAAUUUAUUACAUUAUUUCCAUUCAUUCAUUUAACGCAAUCAGAUCGAACUGUUCUGACAAAUUUAGAAAAUGCUCUGCUGUCACGAGAUGAUCCUUUAGUUGUUAUUAGUCACUGUCAUUUUUUAUCGAAUGUAGUUCUGAAUGAUUUUCCUGCAGAACUUUUCUUACAAAGAUCAUUUAUCGUUAAGCGUUUACUAGCUUUAUUAAAUGAAAAUCAUGAUGAUCUUAUUAAAGCAGCACUUUCAUGUUUAAAAGAUUAUGCAAUUAAUUUGCAACGACGAAUUAAAAUUCUUCGUGACCCUGCUUCUUUCUGUCCCAAAUAUAAUUCAAAUUCAGAUGCUUUAAAAGAACAAAUUCUUGAUGAUUUUAACAAUACAUUGACAAGUGCUCGAUCUGUUUCAUCAAUCAGCUCAGCAACAUCCAAUGGUUAUCGUAACCCAUCACAAUGGUCUUUAAAAUAUGAUGAAUCUCCUCAAGUUGAUCAACCAUCAUCAUUUGAUAUACUGGAUUUUUGUUAUGCUCUAUUAAUCGGAACAUUAGAUUUAUUACGUCGAUUAACACUAAAAGAUUGUCUUCAUACAUGUUUACAAUUAAACAAUUCUGUUUGCCAUAUUAUUGAUCUAUUUGUUAAACAUAACUAUGGAACAAUGAAUUUUGAAUACUAUUCCGUCUUAUUCUAUCGUUUACAUUCAUUAAUUAAACAGCAAUUAACAAUAGGCUAUACAUUUCAAAGUCGAACAAUCUAUAUUCAUAGUUUACAUGUUUUUUCAACUCUUUUACAUACAAUAGAAUGGUCUGAGGAGAUAGUUAAUCAAUUACCGCAAGAAUUUAAUGAAUUAGUUUAUUAUAUUUUAAUGGAUGAAUGUUUUAAUUUAUCUUAUCCACAUAUACGAGAACGUUUAUUAUCUAUAGCUGAAAAAUUUGAUAAAGAUAAUUAUCAAGUUUAUACGAAAUCAAAUGAUAUUUGUUGUUCAUUUUCAGCUGCUUGCCAGAUUUUAACCAUGGAUGAAAACAGAACUCAAAAUUAUAUGAAUAUAGUUAAAUAUGCUGAUGAAGCUUUGUUAGGUUUACCUUAUCACUUAAAUUUUAAUGUUGUUAAACGAUUUAUGAAUGUUUGUUCCAAAAUUUCAACAAAUAAUUCGAAAUGUGAUUUAUCUGAAAAGAAUUUUUCGCUUGAUGUUUUAAUUAAAUAUAUGACACAUGAAUCUGCUGAAAUACGUUCUGCAGUUUAUUGUUCUAUAGCAAUGCUCGUUGCAAGUCGUUUGUCUGUUGAAGAAACAGUUAAAACAACCAAUAAAUUGAAGACAAAUUCUACUUUAGCUGCAAAUUUUGAUGAUACCCAAUUUGUAUGUAAUGUUCGAAUAAUAACAGAAUUAUGUGUGAAUGGCAUCAAUGAUUUGGCAUCAAAAGUGUCGGAUUAUUGUCGAUUAGUUCUUCUUCAUCUUCUUCAAUCAAAAUUAUUAGUAUCAAAUGAAUAUUGGAGAAAUUUCAUGGCUAAUAUUGCAAUACUUUUACCACAAUUACAAUGUUAUGCAAAUAAAAUUGAUCCACUUGGUCAAUGUAUUUUGGCGUUGACAUCAGAUACGGAACGAGAAAAAGAAUCGUUACUAACAUUAAAUCAACGUAUUCAAGCAUCACUUCGAUAUUUAUUUUCCAAAGAUAAAGAUGUUCGAAAAACAGGUUAUCGUCAAUGUGUUGGCUAUCUGCUAGCAAAUACUCGUAUAAGACUUGAUGAUUUUUAUCAAUUCUAUCCAGCUGAUAAAUUAUUUGAUCUAUUUGUUAAUGCACAAUCAAUAAAUAACGCAGAAAUCUUAACAAAAGACUAUGUUAAUGUUGAAAGUUUUCUUCGUGUUUAUACAAUAUUUACUGAUCGCAAUAAAAUAGAUGCAAGCGUUCGUAAAUCAGCACUUGAACAAAUGGCAAUGAUGUUAACUGAUCCAUCAUUGCAUUCAUCAUUUCUCAAUCAUGGAGGUUUGGAAAAAGUUCUCGAAGAAUUAAGAUUAAAUCUAAAACGUGAUGACAUUGUUUGCUCAACGGAUUAUACUUCAACUGUUCCAGCGUGUACAAAAAUAAUUCGAUUAUUAAUACAAUAUAAUAGAAAUUUACAAAAGAAAUUUUCAUUAGAUAAUGAAUUACUCAAGCUAUUAUUUAAAAUAACUGUUUGUUGUCACAGUGAUCUUGAAAUUACUUCAAAUCUAACUCAUGCAUUAGUAUUACUACUUUUUGAUCGAAGUCUACACAUAACUUCAUUAUCGGAUCAAGAAUUUCAACAGCAAACAUUUUCUAUUGAUUUUCUUUUGGCUAAAAAUUUUCAAUUUCCUAUGCGUGUUCCAAUUCAAACAUCAACAUCAUCAAUAGUAACCACAGCAUUGAAUCGUCCUGAUCCAUUAAGAGAACCGAUUGUUCAACAAAAGUUCCGAUUUGUUUGGAACACAUUAUGGCAUGGCAAUGUUCGACAACUAGAUCAAGAUAUGGAUACAAAAUCAUUUGAUAAUGAUCAACAAGUCGAAUUUCAAAGUAGUAUGGUAUUAAAUGAAAAUGAUCGAAAGUGUUUUUCAUUAACAUAUACACGACGAACAAUUCGUCUUGAGUUGAAUUUAUUAAAUGAAUCAAAUAAUCACGAAUCCGUUAUUGAAACAUUAAAUGCAAUAAGAUGUCUUCUCUUACUUGUGACACAUGAUAAUGUUCAUUUAAUCGAUUUUAAUCAAUUAGGAGCAAUACUUGAUAAAUAUUUCAAAGUAGUUCCAUCAUCAUGCCAAGAUGAAAAACUUCUUCAAUCAGUAUUCGAACUUCUUGAACAAAUCUCGUAUGGUUUACAUCUAUCAAUAAAAAAUGAUGAUCAUCAAUUUUUUAAUUGGUUUAAACAUAUUCUAUUAAAUCCUUUUAUAUCGUUGGUCGCUUCCAAUAAAGAUUUUGUUGAAUUACGACAAACAAAAAGAGAUCUACUAAAAAAAUUAUUUCGAUUUCUAUCAUCAUUUUAUUCUCACUCAAAUGUAUCAUCGGAGUUUUUCACCGAUAAACUUUUUGCAAAUAUUUUGAAUUAUGUUCGACAAAGUAGUAGCCAUACAUUUUCGAAAUUAACAUUGAUAACUGGUGCAAUGGAUGUUUUACAUCAUAUUACAACAAAAUCGAAAUGGUUUGUCAUAUUUGAUAAUGAAUAUCUUCAACAAAUGACGGAUCUAUUGAUUGCUGUUAUUGAAACGUUUCACGAAGGACGUAAAGAAGCAUCAUCAGGAUUUAUGGCUUAUGCUUUAAUACGAUCAUCGUCUCAAACUUUGUUAAAUGUAAUAUUAGCAAUGAAAAGUACAAUCUCAACAUCAAAUCGUCGACAAGAAAUGUCUCUUUUACAAGAAUGGCUUGAAGCAACUAGAUCAUCGUUUGAUUGGUUGAGAAAUUUAUGGUCUUAUAAAGAUACUGAAAUUCGUGUCACAUCCUAUGCAUUAACAGCAGUUUUUAUUACGGAUGAUUCUGGUCGUGAUGUAUUAUUUUCAUCACAGAAUAGACUUGAAGAAGCACAACUAUUGACGAUUCUUGUUGAUGAAGAUGAAUGUAGUUUAGUUAAAGAACAAGUAUGUAAUGUACUAAUUAAUCUAACUUACACAUUAAUCGAUGAUGAAACUCAAUUAGCAACUGGAAAUUCAAUAGUUACACUUCCAGAAUUAAUAUCGGCUAUUAAUGAUUGUGAUUUUAUGCAACGUAUUGGUUCAAGUGUUUUUUCAAAUCUAUAUCCAUUUGUUGCACUUGAUUUGGAUGCACUUCGAAUGAAUCAAACAACAUCAUCACCUGUUUCACCUCUAUUUCUUGGAAAUUUAUGUUCAUUUCUGUUUAAUUUAAAUAUGCUUGGGGUUCAUCAUGAUACAUUGGAAUUAAUUACAUUACUUCUUUCUUUUCUUGAUGUUCGUCCAUUGGAAUCCGAAGUGAAUCGAAAUGUAACAACACAUGAAUAUCAUUUUUUUCUUGAUAAUAUGUUUUAUAUGUAUACAAAAAUUGCUCAAUAUUUACGACUUACGUUUGAAUCAAAUCCCGAUAUGAUUAAUGAAGCAUUUACCAAUGAAAAUUUAAUUCAAAUCAUUUCUCUUCUUGCUUAUUUUCCUGAAAAUAAUUAUGAUAGAUCAGAAAAUUUUUGGCAAACAAAAAUCAAUCUUGCUCAUUUAAUUAUUCAUAUUUUACUUCAACAAUGUCCAGUACUACAUCAAUUAACAAAUAAUACAAUUGUUCACUUUGCAUCAGAAUUAUUUAGUAUUCUUACUCUACCAUUACAAACCAUGAUCAAUGGUUCGAUUAGUGUUGCCAUAUCUAUUUUACUACAAUUAUUAUCAUUGUCAAUAGCACAAUGUACACUCGAUCAAGAAAAAGAAACAUGGAAGAAAUUUUUUGAUCAUUCAACCGAUAAAAAUGGAAUCAAAAUUUUAAAUCAACUAGUUUUAAUCUAUGAAAAUCGACUUAAUACAGAAUCGAAUGAUACAUUGAAAUUGACUGUAUCAAAUAUGAUUAAAUCAUUAUUAAAUAUUAGUGUAACAGCUAAACAAGAAGCUAUCGACAGCGGUUUUAUUGAGUCUCAGAUAGAUCAUCUUAAACGUAUUCAAACAAAAUUAACUCUAUUUUCACUUCAAUCAGAUAAAUGUGUGAGCAAAGAUGAUGUACUAAUUGAUGAAUGUGUUCAAGUUUUAUCUAUUCUUAACAAUCUAUCAUUUGAUUGUCCUUCUGCUAAAGAUAUUCUUUCGUCAAGUGGUUUAAUUCCAUUUCUUCAUCAACUUUGGUGUUGGGCUAUCGUUGAUAUUCAAUUAUUAAAUGUUCUUCUUCUUCUUCUAAUAACACUAACUGCAAAACAUCGAAAAGGUUGUGUCAGUGUGUGUAGUACAGUUCUUCCAUCGACAAAUGCAUUAGUUGUUCAAAUACCUGAUCAACAACGUCCACUGUCAAAUUUACUUUCCUAUAUUCUUCGUCUUAUAACAAAAGCAUCAUUAUCAGCGGCAGCAAAUAAUAAUACUACUUCAAGCAAAAAUCAAACCAUUGAAAUGGCCUUCGACGUGUUACAGAAUUGUUCACUUGAAAUUGAAGGACGAAGUAUUGUGUAUAAAUUAAAUUUUUUUCAAAUGUUUAUUGAUCAUUUUGAACGUGUAUCACGUGAUAUUAAUCGAUUUGAUCGACGUUUUCUUGAUGUUAUUAUUAAUGUAUCAUUUUUUACUGAUGGACAAACUAAUUUACUUAAAAGUGCCGAAAUAUUUGCUAUUAUAAUUCGUCUUGCUCAAGCAUCUUCAUCUGCUAUUUUACAACGGCAAGCUCUUCUCAUUCUUCGAAAUUUAGCUUUCUCUUCAACGAAUAAAGCAAGAAUUGUAGCUGAACCUAAAUCUAUUCCAACGAUCAUGUCACAUGUUCUUUCAAAAACAUCCGAUACAGCUUAUAUUGGACUAACUGCAUUGUGGGCAUUGAUUGUCGAUGCUCAAAAAGGAAAAGUCGCUGUUCGAAGUAGCAAUGUAUUACCGGCUCUAUUCGAUGUCAAAACUCAACAACGGAACAAAGAAAAUCUAUUGUGCUACCAUGCUGUAUCAAAUGUUAUUCAAUUAUUAACAGAAGAUUAA